AUGUCUACAAACACCGUGGCUGCGGGCCGAAAGGGCGAUGCCAUCUUUGUCAAUGCGCGCCCGUCGUCGAAAAAUGAAAAGGACUCAAUCCAGCGUCUGGUCCGCGCCCACGUGGGGAGAUGGAUCUCCGAUCAGACCAAGGAACGGUCGCCCGCGGAGGGCUUGCCGGACGGUCAGGCGCGCCGCGACUCCUCCGCCAGUCGUUCGCCGAUGCCGCGUUCAGCGCUCCUUCUGAACUCCCCCUCGCCCCCGCGCAGCCCACCCGCAUCCGCAACACACUCCGACUCCGGCCAAUCAGUACCCCCCGUCCCUCUGGAGCAGAUUCCCUUGCGUCGACGAGCUGCUUCCAAGAGACUGGACUUUCCCCAGCCGAUCGAUUCGGAUGGAAUGAACAUGUCCCCCGCGCCCUCCUGGGCCUCCCGGGAGCAGAGCCUCGAUGGAAGCCCGGACGAGCAAGCCGAGCCGACACGCACCCAAAACCCAGACCGCCACGCCAGUCCACCUGAUCGCAUGACACCAGGCUAUUCGGGAUACAUUGAAAACUUCAGCUGUCAGGUGGUAGACCCCUUUUGUCAGAAUCCAUUGAGUUAUUUCCAAAAGGAGGUUUCGGAUACGGAGGAAUACUGUCUCCGGGUAUUAUGGCCCGGCCUGACUCCGGUCUCACCAGGACAAGAGACGUCACCCUCGAGCUCCAACUGGCUGCCGCUCGCGUUGAAGGAUCGUACCUUGUUCACGGCCUUCGUAUUUGGCUCGCUGUCUCACAAGCGCCUCCGGUGGGUGAAUGGCUGGAUUGGGCGAGACCAAUUCAAACCGGAAGAGCAGCGGAUCCUCCAGAUCUGCGAGAUGGAAACCAUUCAAAACGUCACUCGGGAAGUCAGUGACCCCACUCGAGCGGUGUGCGACGCUGUGAUUCUGAGUGUGAUCUGUAUGGCGCAUAAUGUGGCGGAGGAUCAUGGCCGGGCAGUCCAUCAGACCACCCCGUUUGAUGCGCCCCUGCAGCGUUUGCAGUGGCUCGAUAUAUACGGAGGUCUGCCGCCGAACCUCGUCCACAUCAAAGGCCUGGUCCAAAUGGUGCGUCUGCGAGGCGGUCUCCAGAAUCUGAGCCUGCCUGGUCUCGCCGCGACCCUGUCCUUUUCCGAUAUCGUGACAUGCAGUACAUUCCUGAUGCCACCGGUGUUCCCCUUCAUGUCCCUCCGCCAGGAACGAAGAGGCAUCCACCUACAAGAACUCCUCGGGUACACUCCUGUCGACGUUGAUCGCCGACACGGCCCGCUGCGCGACAUCGGACUUACCCCGGAGCUAGUGGAGGUCAUCUACGCGAUGCACCUCUACACCAACAUCGUCGAAAACCACCUACGCACCCACGUCGUGAACCCUGAUUACUCCCUGCUUUCCGACCAGCGCAACCUUGUCCACUACACCCUCCUCUCGAUACCCUCCGCCAGCCAACUGGACGGCUUCGCAGCCUAUCAACCGCACGAGGUCAUCUACGAGGCCUGCCGCAUCGCCGCUCUCAUCUUUGGCGUGGGCGUCGUCUUCCCCCUCCCCGCGCAGAGCACGCCCCUCGCGCAACUCGCCAAACUCAUCCAAAACGUCGUCCAGCUCUCCGACGUCGCUACGACCUGGAACCACCCGCAAGCCCGCAUCGUCCUCUUCUGGGUCCUCAUCCUCGGCGGCAUUGCGGCAGACGACCAGCCCGAGCGGUCCUGGUUUGUCCAGAUCAUCAGCCAAGCGGCCGCCAGCCACGGCAUCGGCACGUGGGAUGACGCCCGCAAACUGCUCGGCCUGAUGCUCUGGUAUGACCGAGCCUGCGACAAAGCCGGUCGCGAGCUAUGGCAAGAGGCGAAGCACUCGUUCGUGAAAAUGGAAGAACUUACGCCACCAUCGUGA